GCAUAAACUGGAGUUUAUUUACACCAAGUGACUGUCACGGUCCGCGGGGUAUGUUGCAAUCGAACCCUGAACCAGCUUCCACGACUAUCACAGGUGAGAUUAUUUGUUAGUUCUAACUGAACCCUCGACAAUGGAAGAACCAAAGGGAUCAGCAGGGUAUGAAGAUCAAAAUCAGCAACAAUUCCAACAAGAAGCUGCCCGGCGUUUAAUGAACUUGUUGCAAGAAACUGCUGGCUCAAAAACGCAUGUUAAUUCAGUUUCGGUUCUUGGAACCAAAAUAACUCGACCUCAGUUUUUGCAAAAAGCAACAAAGGCAGUAUUAAGUUCAACAACUUACGCCGAUGUAAUUAACAAUGCGCAAAAUAUUGCUGAAGAAUUGCAGCGGCUCGAUAUUUUUGAUCACGUUCAGGUUUUAUUAGAUAAGGCAUCAGACAGUGAUCCACUAGCUUUGCCAGACUCAAUUAAUGUGGUGUACCAAGUGAAAGAAAAAAGCCGUGUAUUUUUGAGGACAGGUACAGAAAUAGGCAAUAAUGAAGGAAAUAUGAAUGGCUCUAUCACAGUACGUAACGUUUUCGGCGGUGCCGAAUUACUGGAAGCAGUUGCAGCUUUUGGCACAAGAAAUAGUUCAGCCUUCCAAUUCUCACUUUCUAAGCCGACCAAUGCUUCUCCAGAUGCCAAAGUUGAUAUAAAUGCCCACAGAGUACUUUGUAACAAUACAUUGACGUCAUCAUACGAAGAGUUGGCAAGAGGAGUAGGAAUGAAAUAUAAAUCAGUCUCAAAGUAUGGCUAUCAUGAGUUGGGCUAUGAUCUAACAUGGCGUACUAUUGACAAAGUGUCUCCCAAUGCCUCACUCAGUAUUCGAAAGGAAGUAGGUGAUUCAUUGAAAUCAUCAAUUAGCCAUACGUUCAUCCGUGAACGUCGUGAUGACAUGCUGUUACCCGCAAACGGUCAUUAUAUUCGCCUUGCGCAAGAGAUUUCAGGCCUUUUCGGGAUCGGAAAUGCCCACUUCUUCAAAACGGAAUUGGAAUCACAGUUCUGCAAACAGCUCGGAGGUGGACAACUUUUGAUGGAUAAAACCGAAAGCAACGUAUUAGGUACACACCCAGGGUUUGUCCUUAGUACAACUUUCAGAGCAGGCUGGUUAGGUGAUCUCAGCGACAACCCAAAAGCUUCGACCGUAUCUGAUCGAUUCUUACUUGGCGGCCCCUUAUCUAUCCGUGGGUUUCGAAAUGCUGGUGUUGGCCCUCGUGAUUAUAAGGAUGCUUUAGGCGGUCAUAUGUAUUGGGCAACUGGCAUUAGUGCAAUAGCACCAUUACCAACAUUAGAAACUAAACCCAUUAGGGCACAUCUUUUCGUCAAUGCAGGCACAAAUAUACCUCAAAAAUCAGGAACAGCUUCCCAAUCUACCAUGGAACGUCUGAUAAAAUCUCCUAGUAUUGCUAUAGGUUUCGGUAUGAUAUAUCGUCAUAGCAUUGCUCGAAUGGAAUUGAACUAUUGUAUACCUUUAACGGCUGCCAAAAAUGAUCAAGUCAAGAGAGGCUUGCAAUUUGGUAUAGGCUUAAACUUCCUGUAAUAUUAUUAUUAAAAUAAAUAAAUAGUGC